UUUGAAGAUUAAAUCUUGUCCGCCCGGCAGAAUUCCUGCGCUAAAAGUGGUACCCCACGUUUUUGGAGCUGUUGCGGGUCCAGGAACCCGGUUACAGUGCACGUACAGUGUUCUAUCUUUCACGGGUCCAUCUCGAACCUCUGCAGUCCAGGCUCCAUCAUCAACAAACAUCAUGAUGGAUCCCAAGUCUAGACUUUGUAUAGUGACAUACUGAGAGCAGCCUACCAGAAGUACCCAAGCCGAAGUUAUUCACAUACAAUCUUGUCCUUGAGACAUACACAGCCUUCCGAGUCCUUCAACUUAUCGAAACUACAACACAUUCAGAGACCACCAUGUCUGAGAACGCAGUUAGGGAAGAGCCAUUCCCGGCACCUUCCAGGCAGGCAACUGGGCUUGUCAACGGAGUGGAAACUGAGGUUUCAUCAAUGAACUUCUCAGACAAGAUCAUGGUCACCAUCUCUCAAAGCGGGCGACUUGCUCAAUGGGUCCAAGUACCACUAGCCGCACCUUCGUCAGCUUCGGUUGACAUGGCUCUUCCCGGCGCCGGUAGCCUGUUACCAUCAGAACAUUUGACAGCAACGACACUUCUUGGAGGUGGGAAUGAGGAGAGGGAGACUAUGGGCCAGCUUUAUGCCAGCCAGAUUGCCAGUCUCUUAACUUUGCGCAAUCCCAAUGAGCAGCGGUCUUUGUUGCUUGGUCUGGGCCUGGAGAAGGUCGACACCACUACUAGCGAGUCCUUCUAUGACGUGGUCGAGUUGGUACAAAAAGUCCUUUGAUGAUAAUGCCUUGGAGUAAUUCAUAUCUCGGAGCAGGAAGUUCGGAUACGUUAUCGCGGUGAAAAGUGGUGGUGAAGCGGGGAACAGAAGCCGUAUGUAUGGUUGUCGGGAGCGAGCAUGUUCGUAACUCGGUGGAUGAGGAUGAGUGAGGGCUCCUCCGUCUGAACACAGGCUCUGGAAAGACAGAGAGACUGCGGCUUGGCCUCUUAAAUCAUUUUGACCACAGAGAAAUUGUAGAACCCAGACAGAACGAGGGCAUGGAACCUGAUCUUGCAGACUUAAAAAGUUUUGUGACUUAAACAAAAAGCGACUUCUGGCAGGAUCGACAGUUUCGAGCAGAGACCAAACGGGAUGAUA